AUGACCGACAAGCAACUUCUGACGCUAUCGUCCGCACGUCCUUCCGUUGAUUCGCUUGACCACUUUGCAGCUCAUGGCUGGGUCUGUGUUCGAAACCUUUUGUUGCCCUCCGAGUUGCGCGUUCUGCAGACGGAAUGUAGUGCUUUGUACUCGGGUCAGUCCGCCGAGACCAUAGCAGCCCAGGGAUGUGUUUUGGACGUGCUGGCACAAUGUCCGAUACGUGAAUCCGACAGGGCACGAGUCGACUCCACGUGCUACUUGAAAGCCCGAGCUCGAGCGACGAACCGUUUCGGCGAGGACGACGAGCGGGUUUUUGCUUCGUUGAUGUUUGAGAAGCUGCCGACGAUUGCGGGGCUUAUGCUGGCAGCCCAUAAUGAGUGCGAUGCGGCGACCUCCGUCUUUUUCUUCAAUGAGCAUUACGUCGUCAAGCCACCUAAGAGCCACGUCGAGUUUCGUUGGCAUCGAGACGACGACGAGCAGCUUGCCAUGUGCGUGCACCGAGAUUCGAUCCAGGUGUACGUGUCGGCGUGGUGUGCUCUGGAUAUUGUGACAAGAGUGAAUGGUGCGCUGCAGUUUGUGUCACUAGAGAUGUCGACGGAGACAACGAAUGAAGGCACUAGUGCAGGUCGACAGCGCCAGGCGAGCGCUCCAGUUGAUGUCGAAGCAGGGGACGUUUUGUUCUUCUUGUCAAAUGUGUGGCACUACUCUUCAAGUAACGAGUCAGACAGUGCUCGCCGCGCGUUCUACGCGCAGUACUCGCGCGAAGUGAUUACGUCCACUCCGAACGACGCGUCACCGUUAAGUUUCGCAAUUCCGUGCAAAGCGGCGAGUUCCAUGGCAGCAGUCAGUAUGUCAGCUGGGGAUAGCGGAAGCGUGAGGAUCAAAACGCCUGAAUAA